GGCUGGGGCGUGCGGGGGCGAAGAUCGAGUGAGGUAUGCGUGGAGAAGCGAUACACGGGGGGCAGAGUGUGGGAGGGUCCUCGCCCUGCGGCAGUAGCGAGGGCCUCGUCACUGGCACGCUGUCAGUCGGUCGGAGUGAAAGCUAUUUCGGAAAAGAAGCAUUUUCAGAGAAGGACUUACUAUGAGAACCAUCAUAUCAAAGACAUUAGCAAGAAAUGCUGAUGCCGAGACUCUCUCCCUCCCCCCCUCUCUCCCCAGGGGCUGGCGGCGCUUGCGGGCGGAGUGGAGGCGGAAGCGGUCCUGGCGUGAGGGCGCGGUGCUCCUCGCGCUCGUGCAGAUGAUUAUCUUCGUAUCCGUACUGGCAUCAUGGGCGCCCUCGCAGGACACCGAGCUCCCGGAAGAGGAAGUGCAAAGAGUGGGAAACUUCCUCCUCUUCUUCAAGUCAUCCGCCGACCCGCACGACCACCUCAGCGGGGGAGACGACGGAGCCGGAAGUGAGGUCGGGAAGGGAAGAGGUCAAAACAUUGAAGCGAACGACGGCGAAGUUGGAGAUUCGCCAUUACCAGAAGACGAAGACGACCCUGUUAUAGGACGGGCCUUCCAGGACGAGUACGUCACUUACAGGAGCACACAGGAGGACUUUGAGCUAGGAGACGAGGAGGAGUAUCUCGAAAGGCUUAUGAAUGACACACAGGAGAGAGAAAAGCACUCUCAACAAGACAAGGAAAUAGAAAGAGAAGAACACAAAGCUGAUACUUCGCUUAGUGGCAGUGGUAUUGUGGAAAAGCCAAAAGGUGAUUCAGAAGUGCAUUUAACCACAGAAACUGGGAAGGCAAUAGACUUGCCAACAAGUCUUGAUUAUAGAUUUAAAAGUUAUAACCUAAGGAGCCCAAAAAAGUUUGAGGUAGUCGAUGAUACCAGACAUUAUUUCAUCGACCUCGGCGGGAGGACCUGCUAUGUAGAAGGAACGGACGUGGAGAAAACGAAGCUUAAGGGCAAGAAAUGCUACUGCCAUAAACAUUAUUUCGGAGAAGACUGCGGGAUCCCGGAGGCAGUAUGGCACGGAAAAUACAAGUUCUUGUAUCCUGAGACACACCUGCGGCGGCGUCUCGUUCCCCGGAGGGUGGUCAAUGGCCUCCCAGUCAACCAUGAGUUCGCCAUGUUUGAAGCGAGGAUGCACGAGCUCUAUGACGUAGUGGACGCUUUCCUCAUAGCCGAGUCGAACUACACGGCCCACGGGGACCUAAAAGGCCUCGAAUUCUUUAAGAAGUUCCAGCAAGGUUAUAUGUCCGACUUCCAAGAUAAGCUAGUUUAUAUUAACCUCGGAUUCUUCUCCGCGGAAGCCAAGGAAAGUGGCUGGAUCGCAGACGCCUACCUCAGGUACUACAUGGGGAUCAAGGGCCUCCCCCUCCUGAAGGGCCUCCGCGAAGACGACCUGUUCGUGCUCUCGGACGCCGACGAAAUCCCCACGCGGGAGGUCAUCUCCUUCCUCAGGCUCUACGACGGCUACUCGGAACCGGUCGCCUUCGGGCUGCGCUGGAACGUCUUCAGCUUCGCCUGGAAGAUGCCCGCCGACGACUCCUUCUGGAACUGGGUCCGCGGCGAGAAGGAGAAGCUCACCGUCGUCAAUUCCGCCGCGACGAUCGGGAUGCUGCGCCGGGUGCUCCUCAACAACACCUUCUACAUCCGCAAGCAGGACGCCUGGAAGAACAAGAUGCUCACCGAGUCCCUGGAGAAGUAUCGAGCGGAGGGGCACUUAGUCAAGGACUGGGUGGCGGGCACGGUCGGGCACUACGCCGGGUGGCACUGCUCCUGGUGCUUCAGCCCGCCAAACAUAGUAAAGAAAAUGGACGCAGCCCAAGCCAACGACAAACCUCGAUGGGGGGACUAUCCUGAAAAGAAAAGCCUUACUUAUAUCUCUUCAAGACUUUGGCGGGGAAGAUGGUUUGACGACAAACUUCAACUAUUAAGAGUGACGAAUUCAAACCAACGGUUCUACGCGCCCAAAUAUUUCCUGGAACACCCUGAUCUUUAUCGCUCCCUGCUCUACCAUCCAGGCCACGAGAGGAACUUCAAUAAGACCUGGAGACCACCUUGACUCAGCGCAGAGAGGGUUGUUGCUGUUUCGUUUUAUGUAAACUUCGAUUUUGUUAUUUAUAAAACAGCAGUGAAGUAUCAGCUGCUAUGCUUCUUCGUUGAGAUUAUAAAAAUAGAUAUUUUUCAUAUGACUG